AUGACGAGCUACCCCAAGGUCAACGGUGCCUACGUCGACGACCAGACCACGUUUCUGAAAGACAUCCUCCGCGAUGAGUGGAAAUUCAAAGGGCUGGUCAUGACCGACUGGGGUGCCGCGUCGGCUGCUAUAGCGAAUGGUAUUCGAAAUGGGCAGCCUGCUGUGGUACACAAGCUCAUUGAGGAUGGAAAGGUUGACGUCAAAGACAUUGACGAGCGUGUGCUACCUCUUCUUAAGCUUCUACGCCAGACAGGCAAGUUUACCGACAGAAGGGAACCGGUCCCGGAGCGCGCCAUCAGUCGUCCGGAGCAUGAGAAGCUUAUUCGUGAAGCUGGAGGAGAAUGCGUAGUUCUGCUGAAGAACUCUCACGGCGCUCUCCCUCUUAAGCCAUCUCAUCUCGAAAAUAUCGCCGUGCUUGGGCCUCUUGCAAAACAUGCAGCUGCCCACGGAGGCGGUAGUGCAUCAUUGAACUGUCAUUACAAGAUCAGCCCCUUUGAUGCUAUCAAGUCACGCCUCCAUGAUAGUAAACUGUCAUACUCCAAGGGAGCCCACGUCUUUCGUGCAUACCCUGAUUUCGUUGCCGGAACACGAAACCGAUUGGGCAAUCCUGGCUUUGCUGCGGACUUCUACGAGAAUUUGGAUCUCACUGGAGAGCCGUUUUGUACCGAGGAGUACCCUAGAGGAAGCUUCAUGACUCUCAUGAAUGACAAUGUUGUCAGCGCAAAGUCCGCGAGACUUAGCACCGAGUACAGUCCAGACGUAAGCGGAAAGCACUACCUCAGCUUCUCGGGUAUGGGGCCUGCCCGACUUUUCAUCAAUGGCGAGUUUCAAGGCGAGAUCAAAGAAACCGCAGAAGCAAUGUCCUUCCUUCUAGGCGUGCAGGAGGAGCAACAUCUCCAGUAUGACUUCGUGGUCGGAAAGACGUACAGCAUUGUCAUCGAAUCAACAAUUUCGCCAGUUCCGAACGCAGAGCUGUAUCUUGCGGAUGACCAGAUCGCGGUGCAUCUCGGAUUCGUCAGUCAACAGGAGAUGGAAGCCGAUCUACUGUCUGAAGCGGUGAGCUUCGCAACAGACGCUGAUGUUGCCCUCAUCUUUGUCGGAAACACCCCGCAAUGGGAAACCGAAGGCCAGGACAUGGCCACUAUGACCCUCCCAGCUGAUGGCUCCCAAGACAAGCUGAUCGCUGAGGUCGCCAAAGUCAACCCCAACACCAUAGUGGUUAUUACCACGGGAGUGCCAGUAGAGCUGCCAUGGCUUGACAACGUCGCAGCUGUCGUCCAGGCUUGGUAUGGUGGGCAAGAGACUGGAAACUCAAUCCUUGAUGUGCUUCUUGGCGAGGUCAAUCCGAGCGGGAGGCUUCCCAUGUCUUGGCCCAAAAAGAAUGAACACACAGCGUGCUACGGCCACUUUGGCCUCGACAGUUGGGACAGCAGAGAGGUGGAGUAUGUCGAAGGUGUCAACGUUGGCUACAGGCACUUCGAUUCUCAGUAUGGCACAGGGCAAGAAGUCCUGUUCCCAUUCGGUUAUGGCCUGAGCUACUCCACAUUUGAGCACUCGGCCUGCGCGCUAUCGGGCACCCUGGACGCAAAUGAUGAGAAUGCCAAGAUUAAUGUCGCUGUCACAGUCCAUAACACCAGCGACGUCGCAGGGUCUGAGGUGGUGCAAGUCUACGUGUUGCCCCCGAAAUCACGGACCGGAGUCGAGAGACCUCCGAAGGCUCUUGUGGCGUUCGACAAGAUUCAUUUGAAUCCAGGUGCACAGAAAGAUAUUCAAUUGAGUUUCAAACGAGAUGGUGCUGCGUUCUGGUCCGAGGCUGGGAGACUGUGGGAAGUAGAGGCGGGUGAGCAUGAGGUGCACGUCUCAACAAGCUCUUGCCCGAAGGAUACUAAGUCAAUUCUUGUGCUAGACGUCACGGAAGGCUUUACUUUUCGCCCCUGA